AUGCCAUCAGCCCAUCCUGCCCCUCAGAGCACCCCGCCGCCGCUCCCCGAGGGCUGGAUCCAGGAGUGGGACAAAUAUCACCAGCGUGCAUACUUUGUCGAGACGAAAACGGGCGCUGCGCAGUGGGAGUGCCCGAGAGAUCCUAGGCAAAGCGAAAAAGAAAGAGAAAGUGAGAGCGAGAAACACAAUUUGCAUGACGUGUAUCAACAGUGUAACACAAAUACUACUAGUCAUCGGCCCAAGAAGGAUUCGUGGAGAUACGAUGCUACCAAUACUAGCAAACCGAGCGAGGUUUCGCUGUCAGAAACAGGGCCAUGGGCACCCUCAGAUAGCGAGAUUGACAAGGUGGAUAGGAUUAUUUGA